UAAUAAUUGUGACCUUCAUGAUUGUGACAUAUCAAUGAAGGGCAUCGCCACUAUGUGUUCAACCGCUCCAGAAUGCCGACCACAUGGGGUACUGGGAUCAAUGUGAUGGUAGGUGAGUCAUCCAGGGCUAGAGUCUUCCCAUAUAGGUUGGAAUCUUUCAAGCUUCGAUGCUAUAUCUUGUAACGUCCCCAUCGAGAGACGUCCGCUCAGAAGCGAGAUUGAUUACAUUCCAUAAACAUGGCUCUCGACAUACCAAUCCGAAGCUGGACCAAGGACAACUACUUCUUAUCUACAGACUCCUCCCUCAUCCCACUCGACGCUCUCAACGAUAUCUUCGCAUCAGAUGAUUUCCACUGGGGCAGAUCGCUACCGCUCGAGCAUCUGCAGAUGAUCAUACGCAGAUCAUUGUGCUUCGCGCUAUACGACAUCUCAAGUCCUCCAGGUCUGAUUAACCAGUCGCAAGGUUCAGGCGAGCGCAGGCUGAUUGGCUUCGCCAGAUGGAUCACGGAUAUGGUGACGGUCAAUUACCUGACAGAUGUGUAUAUCUUCCCUGAGUACAGAAAUAAGCGGCUUGGAGUGUGGAUCAUGAAAUGCAUUGACGAAGUCUUCAACUCGAUGCCGCAUCUGAGAGGGAUGAUUUUGAUAGCGGAUCGCGGGAGUAGCACCGAGGCGUUUUAUCGGAAGCACUUGAACAUGGUCGAUCUGGAAAGCCCCGGCUUUUGCAUGGAUCGCAAGGGGCGAGGUGCGGCUCAUUGACUUCCUGGAUGGCCGCGGUAGUGGCAGUUGACAAGCUCGCGCCUGCAAGUUGUCAGCAUGGAUAUCGAAGAACACGAUGAGGUUAAUCGAGCAGGCGUCUGAUAUGGUCUCAUAGGUAAAUCGUGGAUUGGAACUCGUUUCAUCCGGGCGCAAAACAGCUGCCGCUCGAAUCGAAGCAGCAUUUGGGCCUCGUAUUGAACAGAGGCCCUCCUGCCACAUGUACUGUCCGCGCUACUGUUUGUCGUCGAAUGGCACCGUAGCGCCAAAUUACACGAUUAUCCGUGGAUACCGUGGUAGAGAACGAACCGGUACACCUAGCAGAAUUGGUCUGUCAGUACGGCAUCUUGGGUGCAGGUUCACCACCGAACAGUCACAUCCGAGGCUGGGACAUUGUGUUUGUCAGAUCUCGACCGACAGUUGCAUGGAAUUGGCCUUGUUCAUCGGCGUCAAAAGAUCACUGUCGUCGAGAGUAAAGGACGUACUGUCGCUCGGUGUCAUGGAGCCGUGGUGGGUGGUGGCUUCGCAACAAAUAUCUAUGACCAUCAAGGGCAUCGUGCGACUCACUGCCUAAGGGCUCAAUCUCCUUUGAGUUCGCCUGUCACUUUCUGCUUGCAGCAAAUCAGUAUCAGCAAGACAGAUUCCUUCAUGACACUAAACAAUCGACAUGGGACAU